CUGCAAGGACACCGCGGGCAACAGACCGGGAGCCUGCUUGUCACUGACUGGUUUCGGAUGUUCUGCGCGCGGUUUUCAACCUGUGUAGUGUUGGUCCUCGGGCCCCUCCGCUGCGAUAGUGGCGGCAGCAGGUAGCAGGAUUCUGUUCCCUUCCUUGGUUAGACAGCAUCCGCCAAAGGAAACGAGUGCGCCCUCCCACAAAAGCGAGCAGCUGGCCUCCAACAGCAAUCCUUUGGAUUACUCUCUCCUGAGUAGCUAGGAUUACAGGCUUGAACAACUAACUGCACUCCAGCCUGAGUGUCAGAAACUCUUAACUUCUAUCUCAGAGAUCUGCACAGACUACUCUGGAAAUUGGGACCAUAGGAAAAGCCCUCUUUAAAGGGCUUUACUGACUCCAUAGCCCAGUGGAAUGGGCAGCCAUGUGCCCUGUCACAAACUGAGUGACUUGGAAUCUUUUGACAGCUUUUGGAAAAACCUGCAUUGACCACUCUAAUCUGAAAAAGCCAGGAGCAGGUUGUACAACAGGACAAGUGAUUGACUGCUUCCAUGUGCCACCAGGACUCUUAAGGAAGAAUGAUGGCUGUGGGCAACCUCCUUGGCUUGCUGUGGCAGAGCACUGUGAAGGCAGCUUCCUCUGUGCCUCGCCGGCUGCAUACAUCUUCAUGGUGGGCUGAUAGUAACAGGGCUUCACUCACUCGUCUGCGCCGCCAGGCUUAUGCACGCCUCUACCCAGUGCUGUUGGUCAAGCAGGACGGAUCCACCAUCCACGUCCGUUACAGAGAGCCACGGCGCAUGCUGGCGAUGCCACUAGACUUGGAUGCCCUAUCUCCAGAGGAGCGCAGGGCCAGGUUCCGGAAACGUGAGGCUCAGCUUCGACAGAAGAAGGAGAAGGAACCAGAGCUGGUUGAUGAUUUUGACAAUGAGCGUUACAGACAAUUUUGGACCAAGACCAAGAAGUAACUGGCUUGAAGCUACCCUAGGAACAUUGUGGAUGUAGAGCAUCUGCUUGUAAACUACAUGUUGAAGCCACAACCUGGUGUCAGUGUCUUAUGUGUACACCCAGCCC